AUGAAGACCACAACCCCUCUUCGCACAGCUGGUCGCUCCCUCUAUAUCUGCCAAACCUGUCGCCGUCAUCUCCGCGAGCGGAAUGCCCCAUCGCUCCCAUCGUCUCGUCAAAGAUGGAUCACCCAAGCUCAUGUGCGAAGAAUCCAAGAGGCGGAAGAAGAAUGGCGUGCAAAAGCCCGAGAAAUCGAGAAAGGCAAUAUGAAGUCGAUGCUAACCAUACUUGAAGAGCGGGGAUACGUCAACCAGAUUGUUGGCACAAGGGAAGAUUUGGACAAGCUGCUCACACACCGUCGAGUCGGGGUGUAUGCUGGCAUAGACCCUACCGCCUCUUCUUUGCAUGUUGGUCACAUGGUCCCUUUCAUGGUCUUGGGUUGGUUCUACAUCCAUGGUUAUAAGGCCAAUUUUAUCUUGGGGGGGUUUACAGCUAGCAUUGGCGAUCCUACCGGCCGUCUGAAAGGCAGAGAAACCAUGUCUCCCUCACAGAGGAAAGCCAACAUGACAGAGAUGCAUAUCCAAUUGAAAAGGUUGGGCGCUUCAAUUGAAGCAUACGCCGCACGAAGGGGAUACAUGCGGGAAUGGGCCUGGCGCAGAUCUCUGGAGAACAACGUAACAUGGUGGUCUAAAGUCACGGCAAGAGAGUUCCUGUCCAUCCUUGGCCGAAACAUCCGUAUAGGUCCGAUGCUGGGUCGAGACACGGUGAAAAAUAGGCUGGAACGUGGGGAUGGAAUGUCCUUUGCUGAGUUCAGCUAUCCGCUGGUCCAGGCAUGGGACUGGUGGCAUCUAUUUCAAUCCGGCUGCCAACUGCAAGUUGGCGGUGCCGACCAGUUUGGAAAUAUUCUUGCGGGUGCCGAAGCUGUGAAGCAAAUCGCCAGAGAGUCUCACGAGUAUCAGGUUGCCUUGCGGCAGACGCAGCUUCUCGACUCAAAGCACGGCAUCGAGCUUAAUUCUGAUCCCAUGGGGUUUACUGUGCCUCUCCUGACCACGGCCUCUGGAGAAAAAUUCGGCAAGAGCGCCGGCAAUGCCGUCUGGCUCAAUCCGGAAAUGACCAGUGUCUUCGAUCUCUAUCAGUUCUUUCUGCGGUCCUCAGACUCAGACGUUGAAAAGUACCUGAAGAUGUUGACCUUCUUGCCCUUGUCCGAAAUUAGUGACAUCAUGAAAGAUCAUGAAAAAGAUCAAUCAAAACGGGCGGCGCAACAUAAGCUCGCAAAAGAGUUUGUCGAGCUCAUCUACGGGGUAGAUGCUGCCGAAAAAGCCGAAAGUGAACAUCGUCACCUUUUCAGGAAGAACAUUAGUCUCAGCGACAUGAAAGCAAGCUUGGCGGAGACCAAAACGCCCGAGACACAUUCUUCUGGAAUACCAUUGUUUGCGCACCCUUCGUUAAACAAGCAUGCCCAACCCUUGCGACGGGAAGACAACAUGUCCACCCACAUCAAACUCCCAUGGAGCCUGGUCUUCCACAAACCCAUGAGCAAUAUUCUCUGGUCGGCAGGCAUGGUGACGUCAAAAACCGAGGGCCAGCGACUUAUCAAUGCUGGAGGAGCGUACGUAGGAGGGGCAUCCGACGCGAAGGCUGAAAUGGAUGACAGCCUCAGCUUUACACCUGUGAAGACGUCCGACUGGAAAGAGGUGCAAAAAUGGAUCAUCGAUGACAAUCUACUGAUCCUUCGCACAGGCAAAUGGAGGAUCAAGAUUGUUAAUAUUGUUCCAGACGAGGAAUAUGCGAAGCUUGGACUGACAUGCCCCGGGUGGGAGGCACUGCUGCAGAGCAAGGAAACUCUGGACUUGACCACGGGAAAUUGA